AUGGCGGCAACGACUGCUACGGCAUCUGCAACUACCACUACAACUCGUCCAUCUACUCCAUCACCAGCUCCUAACAUUUCACAUUCUGCACUGACAACUGUUACUUCAACUACUGCGUUUACGACUACAACAACUGCACCGACUGCGUCAACACUUCCAACUACAACAUCUGCAACUACUUCAGUGACGUCUGAAACUGCGUCAACACUUCCAACUACAACAUCUGCAACUACUUCAGUGACGUCUGAAACUGAGACAACUGUUAUUUCUGCCACAACUCAAUCGACGACGACAUCUACAACGACGACCACCCCAACUAGCACGGCAACUGCUCCAACUGUACCUUCUACAACUCAUCCAUCUACUCCAUCACCAGCUCCUAACAUUACACAUUCUGCACUGACAACUGUUACUUCAACGACUGCGUUUACGACUACAACAACUGCACCGACUGCGUCAACACUUCCAACUACAACAUCUGCAACUACUUCAGUGACGUCUGAAACUGAGACAACUGUUAUUUCUGCCACAACUCAAUCGACGACGACAUCUACAACGACGACCACCCCAACUAGCACGACAACUGCUCCGACUGUACCUUCUACAACUCGUCCAUCUACUCCAUCACCAGCUCCUAACAUUACACAUUCUGCACUGACAACUGUUACUUCAACGACUGCGUUUACCACUACAACAACUGCACCGACUGCGUCAACACUUCCAACAACUACAACAUCUGCAACUACUUCAGUGACGUCUGAAACUGAGACAACUGUUAUUUCUACCACAACUACGGCGACGACAACAUCUACUACGACGACCAUCCCAACUAGUACGACGUCUUCUCCGACUGCGACGACAGCCAUAACGACUACUAUGACAGCUGCAACUACUACAGUGAUACCAAAUAAUGCGACAACUCCAACUACCACGACAACAACUACAGGUGUAACUACAGCAUCUGCACCGAUGUCGCUGUGGGUGGACUCUGUUGUCGCUUUCUCAUCUCAGUUCAGGGCCCUCCGCUGGAGUGCUGGGAAAAUAGUUGGAUCACCGGAUGUGUACCCCGCCUAUGGUGAUCACGAAAACGCAUGGGCAUCAGCUCAGUGGACCGGUAUUGAGUGGAUAGAGGUUCAGGUCUCCCAGUCGCUGUUCAUCACCAAGGUGGACAUCUACGAGACCUUCAACGCUGGGGGAGUGAAGAAGGUGUCUGCUAGGAACCCGUCCACGUCCACCUGGGAUGUGUUGUGGCAGGUGUCUACAGUAUCUGUAAUCGCUUCCAGUAGGAUCUUCUCCCCACCAAUACAGCAACCAACUUAUCAAACUGAUCAACUGCGGAUCGAGGUCGACUGCGGCCCUGCAAAUGACUGGGUUGAACUGGAUGCUGUGAAGGUCACCGGACAUGCGUAGUCGCAUGAUUGCACAAGUGUCAGCUCAUCCCAAACAAUGAAGAAACCUCGAGUUGAUAGAUGAGAUAUCCGAACUUACAUUUAAUGUUUUUGUUGCCGAGAUCCAUCAAAAUAAAAAUGUGAAUUGUUAUAGUAGACAGUUUUCGGGUAUCAUAAUAUUAAUCCUCAAGUAUCGACUCAGGAACACACUCACCACAGCACAUUUAAGGAAAUCCAAACACCAAACCCCACAAUAGUGCUAGAACGUGUGUUUCACGACAGC